AUGAUAAUAGAAUAUUUCAAAAGUGGCUAUACACUCUACUUGAACUCUGGACUUAGCUCUUCGCGCAAUCAUUAUGGCCAACGAGUGGUAACGAGAGAAGCAGACUUAGUGACGGCUCAUGAGUUAGGACACAACUGGGGUUCAGAGCACGACCCGGAUUUACCCGAAUGUAGCCCACCUGCUUCGCAAGGCGGUUCCUACUUGAUGUACACUUACUCAGUUUCGGGUUAUGACGUGAAAAACAAGAAAUUUUCGCCUUGUUCUUUGAGAUCUAUACGAGCUGUUCUGCUUGCAAAAGCUGGCGGUUGCUUCACUGAACCUGAAGAAUCAUUUUGCGGCAAUUUACGCGUGGAAGGAAAAGAGGAAUGUGAUGCCGGACUAUUGGGUUCUGAGGAUAACGACAGUUGCUGCGAUAAGUUUUGCAACUUAUGUCGCAACCAGGAUGCUGUUUGCAGCGAUAAAAACUCUCCCUGUUGUAAAAAUUGCAUGUUAAUGCCAGCCGGCCAAAAAUGUCGUGAGGCUCAAAGAGCCACCUGUGAACAAAAGGCUAAGUGCACAGGUACCAGUUCUGAGUGUCCAGCCUCGGCACCACAACCAGACGGUACCGAAUGCUUAGAAAAGGGUCAAUGUCGUAACGGAACUUGUCUGCCAUUCUGCGAAACACAGAACUAUCAGUCGUGCAUGUGUGAUACCGUCGCAGACGCAUGCAAGCGUUGCUGCCGUUAUCACCUCAAUGAUACUUGCUUUCCGUUUGAGCCCUACGAUAUUCUGCCUGACGGCACACCAUGCGUUCAUGGGUUCUGUAAUAGCGGGAUCUGUGAGAAAACUGUUCAAGAUAUUGUGGAACGAUUUUGGGAUAUCGUUGAGGAACUGAACAUUAACCGCGUUUUAUCAAUGCUAAAAGACAAGCUAGUUGGAGCCGUGCUAAUUGUAUCAACUCUCUUGUGGAUACCAGCAUCCUGUCUUAUCAGCUGGGUUGAUCGCAAACGUAAGCGACAGUUAGAGACAGAGGAAGCCUGGCUGAGAUCAGGUGAGCUGAUCCAUCCAUCAGAAAAUGGAACUCGUCGAAUCAUACACGCCCGUCCUCGGCCUUCACAGCAACAACGUUAG